AUGGGUGAUAGUGAGACAAUAAAUGUCAUCAUACACUACGGUGGAUCUAUGAGGAAAGAAGGUGACGACUACAAAUUUGAGAAGUUUGAAGAGUUUCUUAGGUCUGAGUUAGUUACCACACCGAUUAGUUUGGUUUGGUACAAACCGAGAAGCACGGAGAUGAAGGACUUAAGCUAUGUGAUUGACUGUGAUGAUUUGAAUGAAAUGUACAAGGCAGGAAAACCAGAAGACGAGUUAGAUUUGUUCAUUGAACAUGAUUUUUCUGAACAUAUACCUGCUCGAUAUGAAUCUGCAAAAGAAAAUAGAGAUGAGGAUUGUGGUUAUGAUGGUGGUACUGAAUCAGAUAAGGAAGACGUAGAAUAUCGUGAUGAUAGUGAUGAUGAAGACGAUAAUGUGGCGGAAGAGAAUGUGUGUGGUGAAGGAGGAGAGACUGUGACUCGGGAAGGAGGAGAGACUGUGACUCGAGAAGGAGAAGGAGGAGAGAUUGUGCCUGGGGAAGGAGGUGACCAUGUGGUAGAUGACGGUAGUGAUGUUGUGGCUGAUGCAGGAAAUGGUAGUAGUGAUGAUAUGUUCAAGGCACUGUUUGAGGAGGGUACAAAAAUAGUUCCUGAGAAGAAAGCUUACGUAAAUCAAGAAGAGAAGACAACAACAGAGAGGGAAGCUGAAGAAAGUGAAGAGGAAUUUGGUAUAUGA